AAUAAUAAUUAAAAUAGAUAUUUAAACUUUUAAAAUGGGGAUUGUAACAUUUUCUACCUUAUAAGGUAGUGUGAGAAUUAAAUAACAGAGGCAAAUUGUCUAGGGUAAGGCCUCACCUAUGCCCUUAAUGUUUGCUACUGUUAUCAUUAGUUAACAAAAAGUGGGCUUGCCUAAGGAAAGACAUUUUUCUUGGUUACUGUUGAUUUUCUGGUGCAGGACUUUCUGCUGGCAAGUGAACUUCAUAAAGUGCUGUUCUCCUGCAGUGCUUCACCCACUUGUCCUGCCAGAUAAUUGGAGAUGAAGGGAGGAUUUACAGCAGAUGGCUCAUACGCUCUUUGACAUCAGUUGGCAUCAAAUGUGCAAAAAUUGCAAGUUGUACUGGCUGUUUCACUAGAGUAGCCACCCUUUGGGUGGUUGUUUUUAUGCAUUUAAUAAUUUUCAGGAGUAAUUUCUAGUUUUUAUUUUUGUAUUUGGAAAUUCUCAAAACAAAGGUAAUUUUAAUUAAAUGUAUAAAAUCUUAGCAAUUCAGAUCUUUUAGCAGAACAAAUAAAUACAUUUUUGUAAUAGGUGGGUUUUCAUCUUUCUAAAAGUUUAGCAAUAUUGUUUUUCUGUUUGCAAACUUGGUAGAUUCCUCAGACUGGGAAUAUUUUUGAAAAUUUGAGAUCCAGGCCUUUCAAAUUGCAACUCGUGUGUUUUCUUUCUUUCUUUUUUUUUUUUAUGUUCCUCAAUAGCUUUUUUGUUAUUGUUUGUAAUAACUGUGCUUCAAGAGUCUGCUUUGGUUCAUGAACUAAAGCCUAAAGUGUAGAUAUAAGGAUUUUAUGUAAGUUAUGAAAGUAUGUAAAUAUCAUAUAGGUAUUAUAGAAAGUUAUAUAUUGUAAUAACCUGUAAGGGAAAAGAAGCUGAAAAAUAUAUAUAUAACUUACUUUGCUGUUCAUCUGAAACUAACACAAAAUUGUAAAUCAAAUACAUUUCAAUUUAAAAAAGAUUAAAGUAUAAAGCCUAAGGAUUAUACUUUAAAAUAAAGCUUCACUGUCUUCCAAAGAGUGUAACAUGACAUCUCUGGAAUGGAUACAUCUAAACAUAGCUAUGAAUAUAUGGAAUAUGCACAUUUGUUUCAAAACAAAUACUUUCCUUUGUGUUGCAAACAGAACCCGUGGAAAUGUACUGUUUUUCAUUUCUGUGGUGCGUUAAGCUGCAUUUCACUCCUUCCAACUAAUGGAAAUACACUUAAGCAGCUGUAAAGUUGAGGCCAGUUUGUUUCUCACAGAACUAUUAAAGUCAACAUGAAUUAUCUCUAGAAUUUUGGUAGUUGUAAAGAAAUUGAUUAUUUUACUGGAAACCCUAAGCUGACUCUUAACUUUACAGUAGAAACUUCGUGUAAAUGUUACAGGGGUUGCUUGUGAGGCCUGAAUAUAAGUGCCUUGGGUAGUAAGUGGGCUUAGUGUCUGCAUAGGCAAGUGCACACUGUUUGUGUGUCAUCAAGUCUUAAACAUUUUCUUCGCUGAGGUGGAGUAAAGAAGUUUCUGUUGCUUAAUUAGUUGUUCUUUCUGCCUCCAUUCUCCUAUUCAGUCUGCCCUUCAGGCCCUGGCAAAUUAGUCUCAAAACAGCACUGCUUACAUCGCUAGAUUGCUCAAAAACUUUUAAUUGUUCAGAGAAUAAAGUCCAGUACUUUUGAUAGUCAGCAUUCUCCUUGUUCACUUUCAAGCCAACCUGCCAGUCCUCCUGCAGAUGUCUCUAUUUCAGCCGCCUCUUCUGCUUAUUCUCAAACAUGUCACUUGUAGUCCAUCUUCAUAUUUUUUUCAUCUACAUUUCUGUGAUUGGCAUCUUUUUCCUGUCCUCUCCAUCCACUCCAGAUUUAACCCUGUUUUAGGCCAAGCUUACAUCCUAGUUUCUCUUCAGAGGUUUCCCAGGUGAUUUGCUUUUUACUCUAAAUUUCUUUAGUUACUUUUUCCUUACUACUUUAGUACUCACAUGAGAGAUUUCAUGUAUGCAUAUUUACAUAUAUUUUUAAUGAGAAACCAAAUUCAUUAAUUUAAAUAUAUGAAGACUUCUAAAAUCUACAAGAGAAGAAAAAACUAAAAAAUCUGUAAAAUGUGUGAGCGUACAAAUCACAAAAGAAGAAAGGAAACAUACUGGGGACAUUUCUUCAAGUGCCUCAGGAAGAUUGACAUAGUUAACAACAUCACCAUUUCUCCCUUUCACAUCAGCAAGUUGUGGUCUAUAAAAAUUGUCACAUGGGUAAUACAUAUUCGUCUAAAAAAAUAAUAAAAAUGCCCCAAAGAAAAAAAUGUAAAAUCGGUUGAAAUUCAUUGUUCGCAUUUUGCUGUAUCUGCUUUCAGACUUUUUCUAUGCAUAUGUGUAAAUUUGUGCCCACAUUUAGAAAUACAUAUUAGUAUUGCAUAUAUUCUCCUAAAACUUGGCUUCUUCCAGUUAAUAUACCAUGAAUAUCUUUUCAUUUUAAUAAAUCUCCACACAAUUGUUAUUAAUAGCCAUUUAGCAUCCCAGUGUAAUACAUAUAUUUAAAACCUCUUUUAGAUAUUUUAAUUGUUUAUAGUUGUUACAGUUCUUGUUAAAAGAAAUUCUUCAAGGGACAUUUUUCUACAUCUACAUAACAUCUCCCCCUCACACCAGUUUUACUGAGAUAUGAUUGACAUAUAGUACUGUAUAAAUUAAGGCGUAGAGCAUGAUGACUUGUGUACAUCAUGAAAUUAUUACCACAAUAUGUUUAGUGAACAUCUAUCAUCUCAUAUAGAUACAACAUUAAAGAGAUAGGGAAAAAACAGGGAGUUCGCAUUGUGGGGCAGUGGGGUAGGGAUUUGGCAUUGCCAGUUGUGGCAUAGGUUGCAGCUGUAGCUCAGAUUUGAUCCCUGGCCUGGGGAACUUCCAGAUGUUGUGGAUGCAGCUGAAAAAGAAAAAAAAAAGAAAUAGAAAAAAAGGUAUUUUUUUUCCUUGUGAUAAGAACUCAGGAUUUACUCUUCUUAAUAACUUUCAUGUAUAAUGUGGAGCAGUGUUAAUUAUCAUGUUGUAAAUUACAUCCCUAGUACUUACUUUGUAACUAAAUUUAUAUGUUUUUAUUAAUUCAUUUGCACAUAUGCAUAUAUAUUUUUAAAAUAUAUUUACAUAUAUUAUUGAGGGGAAGUUUUUUUUUUUUUCCACUUAAGGAUGUAUUAGUAUACCCUUAAGGGAAUGUAGCAUAAUAACACAUUUAGUCUGUGUUUAAAUGUUUGUCAUUGAAGUAAUCCUGUAUUUGGCUUAUUAGAAAAUUCUUCACAGUUGCCCCUUGAUUUUUUUUUUUAAACACAGUUUGAAUAUACUGAGAGAUACUUUGACAAUUGUUGGAGAUGGUUCUAAUAGACAUUUUCUCUUGUUUGUGUUUUAUGAAACUAAAUUUGCCAUUAGGCUUCAUCUACUUGCUCCAUCAUGGUACUUGCCUUCUUUGGUAAGAGUAUCCUCUGGUCUGUGUCUGAAACCUCAUGAAAAUCAGAAUAUCAGAAACAUACUAUUGGACACACUCUUAAAUACUCUGGAUUGAUUGGACAUGGGUGGUGGCUUUUGCAUUUUAGGAUAAUUAGUUUUGAAAUAAGUCUCUUAAGAUGAGGCUUAUCAAAAUAAUGCUGAGAUUUAAGGAAUUAUUUUUAUUAUCCUCUAAAGCAAGUUAAAUAAUGUAUGACUUAAAAAGAUGUGUUCUGGUUAUUAAUUAGUUUAGCAAGGUUUUGAGAUCCUCUUACAAAGGAAAAUUACUUCAUUUUUUUGUUUCAUAUUGAGCACUCGUAGUUGACCCAGGAAUAUUUUUGAGGACCUGUAAUUUCUCUCCUAAACUUUUUUUUGUCUCUUCUAAGCCAGUAUCAAUGCCUAUUUAAUAGCCUAUUUUUUGUUAAGGGGAGGUCCCUGGUGGCUCAGUGGGUUAAGAAUCUGGUAUUGUCAUUGCCAUGGCAGGGAUUGGAUCCAUGGCCUGGGAACUUCCACAUAUCGUGGGCAUUUUCCAAAAAAAUGUAUUUGGAAGAUGGUAUUUGAACACUUUGGUCUCUCAUGUACUCUAUGUUAUAAAUAUAACAUAUUAGUCUAUUAAAACUGUUCUUGUUAUCAGCUACCUUUUUGUAGCUAAAUACAAUGUAUACUUUUUAAGUCUUACAAUACUGGCAUAUUUAUAACCCUUGCAUCUGAUCAUUUCUUUCUUAAAUCCAUUCUACUCUUGCCUUCCCACUUCCCCUGUGUCUAUGGCUUUUUUUUUUUCCUAUUUUUCUUUUUUUGCCUCAGUGUGCAGUAGCUUGAUGUGAGAUCUCAGUUCCCAGACCAGGGGUUGAAUGAACCAUGGCAACAGUGGUAGAAGUGCUGAAUCCUAACCACUGGGUGACGAGGCCCCCCCCCCCACUUCCUUUUCUGUGUCUUUACCUUUUUUGGCCAUGCUCACAGCAUGUGGAAGUUCCCUGGACCAGGGAUCAAACUCAAACCAUAGCAGUGACCCGAGCUGCUUCAGUGACAAUGACAGAUUCUUAACCCACUACGCCACAGGGCAAGUCCUUGAUCACCUUUCUUGGCUCAUUUUCAUCUGCUUGUCCCUUUAUCAGUGACCUUUAGAGUUUGUUCCUUGGCUCUUUUCUUUCCCCACCCUGUCUGGUCCCUGUCACCUUGUUCCUGUGGCUGUACUGUUUAGAUGCUGAUGGCUUUGCUACCUUGUUCUCUAGCACUCUCUUCUGAGCUGUGGAUCUGUAUUUGCAUCAUUCAUGUGGUGAUUGUUGAGCUACUCUUCUGUGCCUGCUUGGUCCAGGUGGUUGGGAUACAGAGUUGAGAGAACUAUGCCAUUUUUGGGUCAGGACUGGAGAUCUCCUGGAUGGAGUUGGAUUAAAACAGAAGAUGGCUGGAAAAGAUGUGAAUCCUGGAGUCAGGAGCUUGAGAGACAGAGUAACCCGUGUAACGUCAGUCACAGCAUUAUCAUAAAUAGUGAAGAUGAAGAAAUAUACAAUAAUGAAGAGCAUGAAUAUGCAUCCAAAAAAAGAAAAAAGGAUCACUUUAGAAAUGACACAAAUACUCAAAGUUUUUAUCGUGAAAAAUGGAUCUAUGUCCAUAAAGAAAGCACAAAAGAAAGACAUGGGUAUUGUACUUUAGGAGAAGCUUUUAAUCGCUUGGACUUCUCAAGCGCAAUUCAGGACAUCCGACGGUUCAAUUACGUGGUCAGACUUCUGCAACUGAUUGCAAAGUCCCAGCUGACGUCACUGAGCGGUGUGGCCCAGAAGAACUACUUCAACAUUCUGGAUAAAAUUGUUCAAAAGGUUCUCGAUGACCACCAAAACCCUCGCCUAAUCAAAGAUCUUCUCCAAGACCUGAGCUCUACCCUCUGCAUUCUCAUCAGAGGAGUGGGAAAGUCUGUCCUGGUGGGAAAUAUCAACAUUUGGAUUUGCCGACUAGAAACCAUUCUCAACUGGCAGCAGCAGCUUCAGAAUCUCCAGAUGACCAAGCAGGUGGACGGUGGCCUGACGCUCAGUGACCUUCCUGUGCACAUGCUCAGCAACAUCUUGUACCGGCUCUCGGAUGGGUGGGACAUCGUCACCCUGGGUCAGGUGACCCCAACACUGUCCAUGCUCAGCGAGGACCGGCAUCUGUGGAAGAAGCUGUGCCAGUACCACUUCGCGGAGAAGCAGUUUUGUAGACAUUUGAUCCUUUCGGAGAAAGGUCAUAUCGAAUGGAAGCUGAUGUAUUUUGCGCUUCAGAAGCACUACCCGACGAAGGAGCAGUAUGGAGACACGCUCCACUUUUGUCGGCACUGCAGCAUCCUCUUUUGGAAGGACUGCCGCCUUGCUUUGUUGCUCGAGGACUCAGGCCACCCUUGCACGGCCGCUGACCCUGGUAGCUGCUUCACGCCUGUGUCGCCGCAGCACUUCAUUGACCUCUUCAAGUUUUAAGGGCACCCCUGCCCCACCUGCCGUGGCCUGAGCAGCACCUGGUAGGACGUAUGCUCCAUGACUGAGCCGUGACUGCGGUGCCCCCCCCUGGAGAGGCCAUGGAUGGACUUGCGGGCAGGAGCACCUGUUGUGUUUCCGUCUUUGAAAGGGGGUUAGGAAACCCAGGCAAAAUCAUUUCUACUUCUUAAAAAAAUUCUUCUAAGCACAUCAAAAUUUGCAACUUGGCAUAUUUGUGAAUAUGGUUCAGAAGAGUGUAUUUUCAGCAUCAUCUCUGCUGAACUAAGACUAACAGCCAAGAAUAUGCUUAAUCGUCAAAUGAUCAUUUCUUGAUUUUGUAGUAAUUGGGGGCGGGGACAGAACAUUGGUUCUUGUAAGGAUGUUGUGCAGAAUAUUUAUUUUUCUUAAGAUGUAUUUUAACUGUACUGAUUGUGUCCCCAUGAAUGCUCAUGGAUACAGACAGAGCCCAGGGAAGUAAAUGCAUGUUUCUGGUAGCUCAGUGGUGCAGACGUCUGCCACCCAUAGACAUGAACUUGGGGCUGUGGUCCCGGGUUCAUGGACAGAGGCUGGCCGGCAGGGCCCCGACCUGUGGCCAGCCCUGUGUGGCCUGCAUUUCACUGUUCUGAAACCCCUUUUACAAAGUAAUAAAUCAUGUUCCUCUAUCGAUUUUAACUUCAUCAGUUUUGCAUCUUUCUGAAAAAAGUAGUAUUAAGGAUUUUGAUAUCAUUUAUUGAAACCUUUCAAAGAUUUUAUUUUUAAAAUAUUGCAUGUGCAUUUUAGAAAAUUUUGAAAAUAAAGUUUAUAAAAGAGAAUAAAACUUGCAUAUCACCCUGCCACUCAAAGAUAGCUGUGCUUGCCAGAAAGCAGGUAGGGGUGGCCUGGUGGAUGCAGGGGAAGAAUGGGGCCACGCACCUCAGCAAAACCACUUCUGCUCUCUUCUUAGCACAUGGGGCUUUGCAAUUUGCAUAUUUGUAAAUAAAGUUCUGUGCUGAACUAACACUAAUAAGAAUAUGCUUUAUUGUCAAAUGAUAGUUUCCUUUGGUGUGUGUAUCCACAUGAAAACUUUUUAUAAAACCAUAAGCAUUGGUAUAUACUCUUCUCAUUUUAUAACCAGCCUUUUUUUCAAGUGUUUGUGAAAAUAGGGUGUUUAUUGGCUACAUGGCACCAUGCAGAUGGAACAGUGUCACUUCGUGAGAAGCACCAGCACACGUGUGCAGCAAGUAGAACCAAGGAGACAGUCAGAUGUCUGUAGAGAUCUUCUCAGAGUGCCUGGCCUCUUUCUUCCCCAAGUGUGGACUUUUCUUAAUGCUUAGCGGCCAAUUGCUUCUGUAUUUUGUUUUGCUUUUGGCAAAUUACCCAAUACUUAUUCUUUGCCUGUUUCCCUUUUGGGGUGUUAGUAUUUUUUGUAUCAAUUUCUUUUUUUUGUUCAGCUGCACCUGCGGCAUGUGAAAAUUCUCAGACUAGGCAUCGAACCCACAACAAGGCUGCAGACUGUGUCACAGCCGCGGCAGCAUUGGGUCCCUAACCCGUGCACCACAUGGAAACUUCUGUAUUAAUUUCUUCUUAGGAGGACUUUAAUCCCUUGAAGUUGAAUUCUUUUCCCCCAGUUAAUAGUCCUGGGAGAGGAGUCCAGCUGUUCCACCCUAUCAUGCCAUUUCCACGGACAGAGACAGAGGGUGGUUCCUGGGCCCUGCCUGGCUACUUUUGGGAGAUCUGAUGACACCAAAUGGGAGGAGACAGAAGAGGGAUUGUCCUGACACCACCUCCUGUGGUGUUUCUGGGUGCGGUUCCACCAGGACCUGCCAGAUGUGGGCUGCACAGCAUCACCGCCUUCAGUGUGUCAUCUGCUCCCCUCUGGGCUCAACCCAGAGCUGCCCUGCAGGAGCCACUACCCCCAGGACACCAGUGUCUGAAGGUCCCAUUGAGUCUUCCUUUGUCUUGUGGUACCAAAGGCAUGUUCUCUCAUAAAGUCUGUGACUUGUGAGUCGGGAGGUGCCUGCCGCAUUAGGUUCUGCAGUGGACCAGGGGCUGCUUUGUGUGUGUGCUGUGCGGGGCUGUCCAUGGAGGACCUUGGCUCCUUUAGGGAUGGUACUGGGGGCUUUGACCAGGUGUAACUGUUGCUGUUUACUUUUAAAAUCAUAUAGGGGAGUUCCUGUCAUGGCUCGGCGGUUAACGAACCCGACUAGCAUCUAUGAGGACAUAGGUUGGAUCCCUGGCCUCGCUCAGUGGGUUAAGGAUCCGGCGUUGCUGUGAGCUGUGGUAUAGGUUGCAGAUGCAGCUUGGAGCCUUUGUUGCUGAGGCUGUGGUGUAGGCUGGCAGCUACAGCUCCAAUUCAACCCCUAGCCUGGGAACCUCCAUAUGCCAUGGGUGCAGCCCAAAAAGCCAAAAAUAAAUAAAAUGAAAUAAAAGGUAAGAUGUUUAUAGACUGGUUUUCUGAAGAUUCCUUAGGUAGACACACAGCAUCGUGUCUUCUUCAAAGAGGGGUGGGUUCUCACUUUCCCUUUGGUUUCGGUCUGCACGCCCUUUCUUUUCCUCACCAGCUUUCUUGCCAGACUCUCCUGUGCAUGUAGACUGUUGGGCACACACACAUCCCUGUGUCUUACUGGGAAGGUCUUGGUCCUUUGCCCAUGGCUGUGGUGCUGGGCACCACUAUGGGCUCCUUAUCAGGGGGCAGACUUAGCUUCUAGCCUCACUUUUUUAGUUUUUUUUUUUUUUUUAAUCAGGAAAGGAUGUUGGAAUUUUUCUCCUGCUCUUUCUGCAUCUGCAGAGACAGUGGUCAUGUGUUUGACUUUUGUUUGCUGAACCAACCUUGUAUUCCCAGGCCCAUGGCCCAUGUGGUUUCUACACCAUUGGUGGGUUUAGUUUGCUAGGGGGUUUUUUUGUUCUUACUUCUCUCUCUCUCUGUUUUUGGCCGCCCGGCAGCAUAUGGUGUUCCUGGGCCAGGGAUCAGAUCUGAAGCCACAGUUGUGACCUACACCACAUCUGUGGCAACUCCAGAUCCUUUAACCCACUAUGCUGGGCUGGGGAUUGAACCCCGUUCUUGGCAUUGCAAAGACACUGCCGAUCCUAUUGCGCCACAGUGGGAACUCCUAGUUUGCUGGUUUUACUGAGCAUUUUCACAGGCAAGAUUAGCUGUGCUUUUCUGGUGACGUCUUUGUCAGGUUUUGGUAUCAGACCCCUAGGCUGGACUUGCCUUGUUCCCUCCCAUUCUCAGGAGGAGUUUGUGAUGGGCUGGUGUGUGAUCCUUCUGUAAAUGUUAGGGUGAUUCCCCGGAGACCCAAUACCCAAGUGUCCACCAACGGAAAAGGGCCAAAAAGACCAGUCCUCCACAGGAUGUUGCAUCCUCCAAAGACAUUGUCACUCUUUCCUGUUUAAGAGAAGACCUGCACCAGACAUGAGAGACACCUCAGCUGUGUUUUGUCUUUUGGAUAAAAUUUUCACUUUUCAGAGUUCCCUUCAUGGCUCAGUGGUUAACAAAUCUGACUAGUAUCCAUGAGGACGCAGGUUCGAUCCCUGGCCUUGCUCAGUGGGUUAAGGAUCUGGCAUUGCUUUGAGCUGUGGUAUAGGUUGCAGACGCGGCUCGGAUCCUGAGUUGCUGUGGCUGUGGUGUAGGCCAGUGGCUACAGCUCCGAUUCAACCCCUAGCCUGGGAACCUCCGUAUGCUACGGUGUGGCCCUAAAUUAAAAAAAAAAAAUUUUUUUUUUCACUUUUCUCUGAUAGUCAUUUGAGAAAUUUGUACAGAUGAAUGCAAGUAGCUUUUUAGUAUUUAAUCUACAUGGAAAAUUCAAAUGUCAUUAAAACUUUUUAAAUUACAGUAAAAUACACAUAAAAUUUACCAUUUUUAACCAUUUACCAUUUCUUCACCAUUGUUCAGUGUACAGUUCCCUGGCAUUAAGUACAUUGACAUUGUCGUGCAAACAUCACACUGUCAUCUCCAGAAAACUUUUCAUCUCUGCAAAAUGAACACUCUUCAUCCCCAUUAAACACUAACUCCCUAUCCCCCCUUUCUGGCCGCUGGCACCCAACAUCUCUGUUUUCUCUGUGGAUGUGAUUUCUGUAGGCCUGCCAAAUAACUGGAAUCAUAUAGUAUUUGCCUUUUCUCCAUGCUGUAGCGUGGGUCAGGACUUCCUUCCCUUGUAAGCCGGGUAGUUUCAUUGUGUGGGUGGACCACCUUGUGUUUAUCUGUCAUCUGUUGAUGGACACUGGGUUACUUCGAACAUGGUGUAUAAAUCUCUCUUCUCGAUAAUGAUUUUGUGCCCUUUGGAUAUAUAUGCAGAAGUGGAAUUGCUGGAUCAUGUGGUAAUUUUAUGUUUACUAUUUUGAGAAACUACCACACUGUUUUCCUUGGUGGGAAUAUAAAAUGGUGCAGCCUCUAACAGUGCAUGCGGGUUCCAAUUUCUCUACAUCCUCACCAAUACUUGUUAUUUUGUGGGGUUGGUUUUUGCUUAAUUAAAAAAAAUUUAAUGGUGUUUGAUUGACUUACAGUGUAUGUGUUUCAGGUGUACAGCAAAGAGAUUCAGUCAUACACACGUCCAUUCUUUUUCGGAUUCUUUUCCAUGUAGGUAAUUAGAGAAAAUUGAGUAGAGGUUCCUGUGCUGGUUGUCUCUUUCAUACAUAGCAGUAUGUGUAUGUUAAUCCCACACUCCUAGUUUCAGUUGGUUCGCUUUUGAUGGUAGCUGGGAGGGUGGUAUCUUGUAUCUUGUUAUGGCUUUAAUUGGCACUUCCCUGGUGACGAGUGAUGAUGAGCAUCUUUUCCUGUGCUUGUUGGCCAUUUAUAUGUCUUGGGGAAAUGUCUAUUCAAGUCCUUUGCCCACUUUUCAGUUGAGUGGUAUGUGCUUUUGUGGUUGACUGUAGGAAAACCACAACCCUGGAUACUAACCUUUAUCAGAUAUGUGACUUGAAAUACUUGCCCCUGUUCCCUAGGUUGCUUUUUCACUCUGCGGAUUGUGUCUUUGUGCCCAGAGGUUUUUAAUGUUGAUGUCCACUUUUCUAUAUUCUUUCUUUUGGUGCUUGCAUCUUUUGUGUUAUAUCCAGGAAUUCAUUGCCAAAUCCAGUGUCAUGAAGUUUUUUCCUGUUUUCAUUUUGAGAGUUGAAUAGUUCCAGCUCUUUGAUCCAUUCUGAGUUAGUUUUUGCAGGUGGUAUAAGGGCAGGCUCCAGCUUCAUUCUUUGGCAUGUGGGUAUCUGGGUUUCUCAGCACCAUUUGCCGAAAGACUUGGCCCCCUUGUUGAAAAUCAUGAUUUGGUAGAGACUGUACUGAAUCUGCAGGUUGCUUUGGUGGGCGUUUUCUGGUCCACAAACAGGGGAUGUCCCCCAAUUACUCGUGUCUUCGUUUUCUUUCCGCCUCCUUUGCUCAGUUUAUUCCUAAGUGUUUACUCUUUUUGUUGCCAUUAAAGAUGGAAUUUAUUAUGUUCCUCUUUGGAUUUUUCCUUGUUAUUGUAUAGAAAUGCAAUUGAUGUUUAUAUGUUGAUUUUGUGUCCUACAACUUUAUUAGUUCCAUUUUUUUUUCUUUGGUAUAAUCUUUAGAGUUGACUACAUAAAAGGUCAUGCCACCUGCAAACAGGUAAUUGUACUACUUUCCUUCCAAUUUGGAUGCUUUUUAUUUCUUUUUCUUGCCCAAAUGUACUAGUUAAGAUUUCCAAUACUAGUUCCUGCUAUCGCUUAGCAGGUGAAGGAUCUAGAGUUGCCGCAGCUGUGGCUCAGAUUCGAUCCCUGGCCUGGGAACUUGCAUGCUGCAGGCAUAGCAAAAAAAAAAAGGAAGGGGGGAAAAAAAAAGACUUCCAAUACUGUGUCGAAUGGAAGUGGUGAGAGUGGGCAUUUUUGUUUUUGCUCCUGACCUUAGGAAAAAAGCUUUCACUGUAGAGUAGAUUUAGCUGGGGCUUUUUAUUUGGCUGUGUGAUGUUGGGGCAGCUCCCUUCUAUUCCGAGUUGGUUGAGUAUUUCUGUCAUGCAAGGGUAUUCAGUUUUGUCUAACUUUUUUUUCUGCAUCAGUUGACAAGAUCAUAUUUUUCCUUUGUUCUCUUAACGUGUGUAUUAGUUGCUCUGACAGUGGCGACUGCAUCUUGGUGAGAGUGGAUCCUGGGGCCUCACACUGUAACAGCGGAACCAUCUCUCCCUUCAGUGGUUGCUUCAAACUUUAGAAGCUCCGAAGUUUGUUCAUGUUUGUUUAUAAUUCUUAUGUCUUCUUGGUGAAUUCUCAGCCUUUAAAUUUAAACAACACUAAGAUGAUGAAAUUAUAGGAUUAUGGGAUUUACUUUAACAUAAUUCUUUGGGUUGGGGCCAGGGGAUAGCUAGAGAUAAAACAAGAUUGGCCAGGAGCUGGUAACUCCGAAGGCUGGAAGGGUGGGUACAGGUAGUUUCCUCAGGGUUCAGCAGACCUUCUCUGAAGAGGCAGAUAUUAAUAAAUACUUGUGAUAUUGAGGGGCCCACAUUUUCUCUUGCAGCCACACUCCAUAUGUGUGGACUUGGAUGGCAUCAGAAGACACAGUGGACAGUGAGUGUUUCAGUCAAACUUUAUGGGAUUUCAUGUGCCACGAUAUAUUCUUUGUAAGUUGUUCCACCAUUUAAAAACGUAAAAACCAUUCUUGACUUGUGGGGCGCGCAAGUACAGGGGGUCGGCCUUUUGUGGCCAAUAGGCUGUAGUUUGCCAGCCGGUGAUUGAUAGACUCUUGUCGCUCUUGGAUACAGCUGACAUUUUCCAUUAAAAAAAAAAAUGUUACUUUUUAAAUAUUUGUUACCCUGUUUUUGAUCAUGAAAGUAAUGUAUAUUCAUUGUAAAAAGUUGUUAAAAAGCCAAUACACACAAAAAUUAAAAUGCUACCCAUAAUUCUA